CGGUCUCAAACACAUCAGUGAUGAGUAAGAACAUACCAGCGUCUAUCGGCGGCGGCCAGGAUCGCCAUGUUGUGCAGAUGAUUGCGAAUGCGAGCCUUGAUGUGAUUGAGGAUACGGUGCGAAGUAAUCCAGCCAUGUACUUGAGGGCAGUGGAUAAGUUUAACGAGUGGACGGUGUCUGCAUUUGUCACCCCGGGGAACAUGAAGUUCGUUUUGUUGCAUGAUGCAAAGGGUGAUGAUGGGGUAAAAGGAUUUUUCACUGAACUCUGGGAGCUGUAUAUCAAGACCCUUAUGAAUCCAUUCCACACCGCUCACACGGCGAUUCGUAGCCCAGUGUUUGAUGCCAAAGUACGGGCCGUUGCCAAGAAGCACUUGUAAAUAGGAGAGUAGAUAUUGGUGUGGGUGGUUGUGAAUGCAUAUAUGUACAUGAUUUCGAACAAGCAGAAGGACGAUGAUGACGG